AUGUCUUCCAACUCCGGCAACCUGUUGGCAAAGUUUGCCUUCAACAUAUACGGAGCCCUCAACCAGACGCCGUCUCAGGAGACGGUUUCGCACACGAGCUUGUCCAAUGGGUCUACGAAGUCCAAAGUCCAUGAGGCAUUCAAGUCCAAUCGGUUGGUGUAUGCAUUUGACAAAGAAGUUACCACAUUAUCCCAGUUGAACUUCCCCCUACGUAACCUCAAUCCCUACGAGAGUGAAAUCUCCCAUCAUGUUGUUGCGGGAGGAAGAAACUUCCUUCGAAUCUUGGCUCUCAAUGAAGACCAAUCUAGAAUAAUCCAGGAGAUUAACGUAUUGGAACCAACCAAUUCCUUGUAUUCGAAUUCGAGGGUGCCUUCUACAAACAAGCUAAACAAUAUCAAUACGAUCAAGACAUCGGGUGACUUGGUGGCGUGUGGCCUCUCUAAUGGACUCAUUUCAAUUUACAGAAUCAACUCAAACGGAAAAUCGAAGUUGUUGUACAAAUUGUCCGACCACAAGAGAUGCAUAAACUCAUUGGACUUUAUGGAGAAUGACAGUCCUCAUAACUUGAUUUCGGGCUCCCAAGACGGGACCAUCAAGUUGUGGGAUUUAAGAUCAACCACGCCAAAACCUGUCCUAACAAUACUAUCAAAUUCACAUUCAGAUCCUAUUAGGUCAUGUCAAUAUUCUCCGCAUUCUUCUGUCAGGAACAAAACUACCAUUCUUUCUGUUCAUGAUUCAGGUGCCUUGUGUAAAUUUGAUUUAAGAUCUUCAGGUGGAACCUACAACUCCCAAAACAUAUACUCCCCCGAUCGAAAGUGGAACCUCCAUACAGGGCCUGCAUUAUCGUUACAUGUACAUCCAGAGAAAGAAUAUGUUUUGACUGGUGGUAGGGACCAAAAAAUGUGCGUGUGGAACUACAGUGAAUCCGCUCUGACAAGCAACAGAGUAAUCCCAGAGCAUAUGAUAAAUACUUAUGGUCCUGUAAUGAAAGUCAGGUGGAGCUCCACCCACAACAAUUCUGCAAAUCAAUACGGCGAGGCCCUCGAUAGUCUCCAGCAAAGCAUGGACUUUGGCAAUGUCCAAUCAAAUCCAUUGUACAAUUAUGACUUUGCAUGUCUGUACUUAAAUGAUGACUCCACCAUAACCGUAUACAAUUUGAGCAGAAAAUACAUUCCCAAAGAAAUCAUUAAAGCACCAGGAAACAAACCAUAUCAAAACUUCAUCUGGGCUAAAAAUCUCAAAAACAAUAGGAAAAUCUGGACAAUCACCAAAUCCAAUGUUUUCAGCUCCUAUGACUUGGAUUCAGGCGACUCAAUUCCUGAAUCGGAUAUUUCCCGUCCUUUGGACGAACUUAGCACAGUAGCAAUGGCUUGGAACAAUGAUUUCAGCAGCAUGUCAUUUGUCAAUCAAGAAAAAUAUGAGUUUGAAAUAACUGAUCAUGAAUCGAUUGCCAGCGAGAAUGAAAACCUAGAAGCAGAUUUAGAAGCUGGAGACUACAGCAGUCUCAGUAAUUUUGCACCAAACUUAGGGGUUUUCUCUUCUUCGCUCACUACUUCACCAAUGGAAAAGCCACCAAUAAUGCGCUCAUACACCUACAACCCUAUGCAUACAAAAUCACCAUCACCAAUUCCCCAAAUGAGAUCCACAAAUAUGUUGAAUGAACCUACACAUACGCAAUCCAAUUUGAGCAAUAUAUUCAGACCGAAGAUUCUUCGAACCCCUUCGCAAACCACCCAGGAUUCUAACUUUUCAGUCCAGUCUCCUAUUCAUAAUUCUAAUUUACCACAGAGCAGAAAACAUGUUCUAGUUAAUCAUCCUUCUCCUUAUUUAGUGCCAUUGGCAUUGCCAUUGCCACUUAAUGAUCAUGCAGUCUUUGAGGCAUUAUCUAGUAACUAUCUAGUUGCCAUUCCAGAUGGCUUUAACCUUAUUGAUGUUUGCUUGUUGAAUGCUAAUAUUGCUGCCAGUGUCAAUCGUUUCAGGGACUGUCAAAUAUGGAGGUUGCUUUCAGUCAGCCUUGCUGAAGACUCUUCGGAGCCUCAUGAAGUUCUUGACGAUCAGGACCUCAAGUCUGCUCAACAAUUUUAUCCAGAAAAAGAUGAAGAUGAGUCUAAAUCAAUCCUGUCAGACAUAGGCAAUUUCGUCGGGUCAUACAAUUCAAACUCUACUCUGACUACGAAUUAUGGUGGUAAUGCAACUGAUAGAAAGGACAGUAAUAGUGAUCUUGUUAAACCGGCCCUUUCAUCUUCGCCAAAGGAGAUGAAUACCAAAUUGAUGGAACAUAAAAAUGGUUCUAGCAAUAACAUCAUCGGCACCAUUAAUCAAGUAAGAGGUGGUUCACAUGGUACAUAUCCGUUGGCUCGGAGCAAUACGUCAGAAGACUUGGACAAUGAGAACUUGAACAUUUUACAUAACGCAGCCACCAACACGGGAGCAAUCCCUUCAACUGGCAAAGCACACGUGGGAAGCUCGAGUCCUGGCUACUUCAGCCAGAGCCACCAUUCUUACUCAAAUCACCACCAUAGCAGCACCGCGCUGGGAAUUUCGCCUGGGCAGCAGCCUCUAAUGAAUGAAGAAUUUAGUAAGUCUGAACUCAAUAUAGUGCAGGAAAGACCAGAACCUUCCGAAAGUGUGACGAAAUCUGAGCUCACGAAAGUGCUUCAUGAUAAACCGGCAAGCAAGUCUGAACGGCCCUGGAAUACUGAAAACCUAUUGAAGAACACACUCGAAUAUGCCUCAAGUCAAGGAGAUAUUAUACUUAGUGCUACAUUAACAAUAUUGUUCUAUGAUGUAUUUAAAAUCAUCACGAAAGAAGCUGGGUUGGAAUGGUUAGCACUCUACGUUGAUAUUCUUCACCGCAAGAGACUCUUCGUAACUGCAACAAAGAUUAUUAACCAUGCACCCAGAGAACUUCUCAACGAGUUGAAGACUAUAGGAUCCAAGGAAGUGGAUCUUCGUUUUUUCUGCUGCUACUGUCAGAAGUUGCUAGUCAAUGAAAAAUCCAAGCACGAAAACAAAGAUUCGUUUGGGUACUGGUAUUGUGACGAGUGCUCUAAACGACAACUGAACUGUAUCUACUGUCAUGAGCCAUGCAAGGGAUUGGUGGUUGCUGUAAGUUUAAAAUGUGGGCAUAGAGGGCACUUUGGGUGUCUCAAGGAAUGGUUCAUAACUGAGGAGAACUCAGAGUGUCCUGGUGGAUGUGACUACUCACUC